AUGCAAAUACGCGACGGUUCCGGGCCUGUUCAGGAUAAUAACGAACACCAAGGCGAAUUGGCGUCACCCGCCCUUCUCGUCAAUCCUCCGGACACUUUGCCUGUUGCAAGGGAUCCUUCGAAUUCUCAAACCGCCCAGAACACAAUCGCAGAUCAUUCUGAACGUGAUCAUGCUCCGGACUCCUCACUAUCAAGAGAUCUCCAGGACUCUUCAAAUCACGAGGGUGCGAUCUCGGAUACUGACAAAUCGUCGGAAGAUACCACUCGACAAGAUGAGCUCAUUCCGAAUUCUCAGAGACAGAUUGACUCCGAAAAUAACUUCAAAUUUAGCGAAGAUGGUUCGUCCUACAAGUCGGAAAAUUCUUUCGAUAAAACAAAAACCCUCCAACUAAAGGAUUUCGACAUUUUUGCCGCUGAAAAUUCGAGCGGAGAUGAGAAAACCGAAAGCGCUCCAAGAGAUAUCAAGGCACAAAAUCUCAGUCAGCUCAUGAGCACCGACAUUUUUUCAGAGAUGAACGGAGAUGAGAAAAAUGAGUGCGAUUCGAAGAGUCCUUCUUCUAGUUUUGGCGAUCUUCCAUCAAGCUAUCUGAAAGAUUCUCCUAUAUCACAAAACGAUUCCAAAGAAAAACAGUGGUGUAAUGAAAGCAUUAAUAGUUUUGAAAAUCCAAGGGACGGUUUCAAGAAGUACAUUGCUACAGCUAUCCUUAAUCAUAGAAAUAGAUUGAGGAACAAAAGUACCGAUGUUGUUGACGAGGAUAUUGCAAAUUACGUACCAGGGUUUUAUCGCCUGUUAGAACUACAUAAAGAGGACGGGUCAAACGGAUUGGGUACUUUAUUCUAG